GUUUUUCAUAUAUUGAGAGAAUUUAGAAAAACACUGAAUUUAGACAGUUUUUCAUAUUGGAGAAUUCACCGUGGAAGAUUUUAGCAUUGGUAAAGCUCCGUAGCUGCUAUUCAGUAUUGAAGUUAUCUGAAAUACUUGGAAAUGUCUUUCCAGAAUAAGGGCCCUUGGGUGCUAAAAGACAUUGGUGCUCUAACUGAUGGAGAGAGGGGUGGCGGGACUUCCUUGCGGAUGGAACAGAAGCGUGCUCAUCAAUUUUUUAUGGAUCCUUCAGUAGGGGAGUUAUUCUCCAAUAAGAAACAAGUUGUGCAGUCUGUCAGUGAUACACCAAUUUCAACACCUGCAAGUGCGAACUUGUCCUACUGGAGUAACACAUCCAAUUUUCAAUCUGCCCCAGUUCCUUCUAGUGAUCGUUCAUGUGCACCUCAGCCUCUAGGGUCAUUCAGUUUUGGCAAUGAAAAUGUGAAAAGUGAAAACAGCCAUUUCAUUAAUCUUCUUCAAAAUAAUUCAACUGUUGGCUUAGCUAUGUCUCAUGUCUGGGAAGAUACUCUUUAUCUGAAUGCUGGAACUACAGGAGCUAGAGUCAAUCUAGCAGAUGAACGUAUAAGUGAUUAUUCUUUACUUUCACGCAACUCUUCAGAUACCGGAGAAGAUAGCAUAAAUGCUACAUCUCUAGGACUGACAUGUAGAGCUGGAAUUGGAAGUGUUAUUUCGAUGGGGCACGACUUUGCAAAGGAAAAACAAACCGCCAGUCUUGUAGACCGUACAAAUUACAAGGGGAAUGAUAAUUUCAUGCUAAUGGGUCAUCAGUACAGCAGGGGUGACCACAAUCUGUAUCUUAUGGAUCAAUCACUAGACACAGGAAACGGCUAUUAUAAGACAGUGAAUCAGCCAUACAAGGAAAAUGGCAAUUUCCCUUCUUACAGGAAAGCUAAUGAAGACUUAAUGCCUGCGGGUGUGACCAGUAAUAAGGAUAUUGGUGUUGCCUCUAGGAUCCCAACUCUUGAGGAAGUGGUACCAGCUGUUGUAUCAGCUGGUACUUGCAGCAAAGAAAAUUCAAGCUUCAUAUCAAUGAAUAAGUUUGAAAACGGCAACAUAUCUUUUGGAGGGUUUCAGCAUAAGCCUGAGGAAAUUAAUACACCUAGUUCUGGCAAGGUCAUCAGCAGCUAUGACUUGGUGAUAAGUGAACCCUCUCGUGAAGCUUCAGAAUCUCUGACAGACAAAAGUAUGGUGGAACAUUCUGUGGAUCAAAUUGAGACUGUUGCUCCAAAGUCUACUGUCAAAACAGAAAACGCGUCCAAGCAGAAGGUGCAGAAGACACCUAAGAGUUGGCGGAACAAUUUCCCAUCCAAUGUUAGAAGUUUAAUGGCAACUGGUAUACUUGAUGGAGUGCCCGUGAAGUAUGUCUCGUGGUCAAGGGAGAAAACUGUUAGAGGAGUUAUUAAAGGGACUUAUUACCUGUGUGGCUGCAAUGACUGCAAGCUGUCCAAGAGUCUAAGUGGUUUUGAAUUUGAGAGUCAUGCUGCUUGCAAGACCAGACACCCUAACAAUCAUAUUUACUUCGAGAAUGGGAAGACAAUUUUUUCCGUGGUGCAGGAGUUGAAGAAUACUCCUCAGGAAAUGCUCUUUGAAGCAAUUCAAAAUAUCACUGGUUCUCCAAUCAACCAGAAAAAUUUCGAAACCUGGAAAGCGUCCUUCCAAGCUGCUAGUCGUGAGCUUCAGCGUAUCUACACAGAAGAUGAAGUGGCAAAACCAUCUUGAUCUGCUGAUUCUUGUGCAACUGGUUUUUCUUGAUGUUCCUGAUGGAGCAACUGUGCUCUAAUUUUGAAACUGCGAACCCCCCGUUUUGAUUUUAUAGAUGAACAUAUGGUGUUGUGUUAUAUUGGAUUUUUAAUGGCUGUGACCGCUAAUCAUGCUACUCCCUGUUUAAGCUCUUUUUUCUUUUAUAAAAGUUUGGAUUUUGGU